UCCGCGGUCCGUGUCGUCCCUACAGUGUUCCCCCUGAUUCUGCUGUUAUUGUUUUUUUUUUAUGUCAAGUCGUCUGCUAAGCUGAUGCUUUUGUCAAAAUAAGAUGUAUACGUCACAUAGGUAAACAUAGGUACUUUUAUAGGAUAGUAAAGUGACGAGUGCGUAAUAUAUCAUUGGGUCGCCCGCAAAUAGUUAGAAACAUGACGAGUCUCACGGCAAUUCCGCUGAUCUCGCGGCUCUCGUCCAAGAUUAUCAGGAUACUUGGCUGCAAUCCUGGACCGAUGACUCUCCAGGGGACGAACACGUAUCUGGUUGGCACCGGCUGCAAACGCGUCCUCAUCGACGCCGGCGACGAGCACACGUCCGGCGAGUACGCGAAACUCCUCGGGAGCGUCCUCAGCGAGGAGGGGGCGACCAUCGAGCACCUGGUGGUGACGCACUGGCACCACGACCACAUGGGCGGGGUCCCGGCUGUCCAGCGCUUGUUGGAAUCCAUGGAGUCGCGCCUGGCCACGGUGUGGAAAUACCCCCGGGCGACCGGCGAGGCAGAAGAAGACACCCACAGGGAUUGGCGUCAAUUGGAGGAUGGGCAAGUGGUCGCGGUCGAGGGCGCGAGUCUGAGGACCGUCCACACCCCGGGCCACACCACGGAUCACGCGUGUCUCCUGCUGGAGGAGGAGCAGGCCCUUUUCAGCGGCGAUUGCAUCCUCGGCGAGACUUCGGCGGUGUUCGAGGACCUGCACGACUACAUGCUGUCCCUCCGCAAGAUCUUGGCCGUGGGUUCCGCGCUGAUCUACCCGGGCCACGGGCCCGUGGUGAGCGAUCCCAACUCGAAGAUUCGGGCCUACAUCGACCACAGGAGCAAGAGGGAGGCCGAGAUUCUGGACUUCCUCACGAGCAGGAGAGGCCCCUGCGUGGUUAUGGACAUCGUCGAAAGCAUGUACAAGGACACGUUGCGAGCUCUGUGGCCGGCGGCAGCAGUCAACGUCAACAAUCACCUGAUGAAACUCUUGAAGGAGAAUCGAAUCGUCUGUGAAAAUGACAAGUGGUCGAUCGGAUGAUGGCCGCGACACAGUAGGCACAUUGACGUUAAAUUACUUACGAGACGCGUGCUGUGCUGAUUCUGUGGACGUGUGUUGGAAAGCAUGUACAUAUAUUUUUGUAAAAUAAAGAUUGUGCGAGAAGAAAAAAGAAAAAAAAAAAAACGUUUUC